UUUACAGACAAUAUGCCAGCCUAUCAUUCUAGCUUUACGUCUGGGCCGCAGAGUGUCGGGAAUAUGGCAAUUCUUCCCAUCAAAUCACAGGGUCGAGGACCUGCCCCCUGCCUUCCACCCUCAGAUCAACAAGAUAUCAUUGACGAGGCUCUUUACUACUUUAAGGCAAACGUUUUCUUCCGGACGUAUGAGAUAAAGAACGAAGGAGACAGAGUUCUGAUUUAUCUAACUCUCUACAUCACUGAGUGCCUGAAAAAGCUGCAGAAAUGCGCGAACAAAGCGCAGGCGCAGAACGAGAUGUACUCCCUUGCUAUCGCCAAGUUUGACAUACCGGGUGAGCCUGGGUUCCCCCUGAACGGUGUUUACAUGAAACCAGCGACAGGAGAGGAAGCCGACAUAAUGCGACAAUACUUCCUCCAGCUUAGACACGAAAUAGGACUGCGGUUGGUUGAGAAGGUAUUCGAGAAUACAGACGGGAAACCAAGUAAAUGGUGGACUUGCUUUGCCAAGAAGAGGUUUAUGGAGAAGUCCUUGAGUGGGCCGGGGGGGAACAACUAAGUGUUGUCAACCAUUAAGCAAAGAAAAAACAAAACCUUGUGAAUUAUUUCUUAGUUUUUUUAAUCAUAUGUGAUUUUUUUAGUUUGUCUUCCUCUACAUGAAAUGUUUAGUUCUAAAAUACAACAAUAUGUAAAAUUUGAUUUCGGCCAGCAGAUAGAGUGGUUACCAUUUUCGAUAUUUAAUGACUAGUUUUUCUUUUAAUCCCUGAUUUUUAAAUAAAUAAUUCAAACUUUC